CGGGGCGGGGCGCGCCGGGCGUCAGGCGUCUCGCGGAGCCGCCCUGCCGGGAAGGAGCCGAGAGAGACUCGGCGGCACAAAAUGGCGGCGGCAGCGGCGGCUGGGGCGGCCGGGGCGGGCGCUCCGGGCUCCGCUCUCCCCGCGGCGACGGCCGCGGCUCCGGCCUCGGGCAGCGCAGCGCCGGGCUCGCAGGGGGUGCUCAUCGGGGACCGGCUGUACUCCGGAGUGCUCAUCACCUUAGAGAACUGCCUCCUGCCCGACGACAAGCUGCGCUUCACGCCGUCCAUGUCGAGCGGCCUCGACACCGACACCGAGACCGACCUCCGCGUGGUGGGCUGCGAGCUCAUCCAGGCGGCGGGCAUCCUGCUGCGUCUGCCGCAGGUGGCGAUGGCGACCGGACAGGUGCUGUUCCAGCGCUUCUUCUACACCAAGUCCUUCGUGAAGCAUUCCAUGGAGCACGUGUCGAUGGCCUGCGUUCACCUGGCCUCCAAGAUCGAAGAGGCGCCCAGACGUAUCCGGGACGUGAUCAACGUCUUCCACCGCCUCCGACAUCUGCGAGAGAAAAGGAAACCGGUGCCUCUGCUGCUAGAUCAAGACUAUGUUAACCUAAAGAACCAGAUCAUCAAGGCCGAGAGACGAGUUCUCAAAGAAUUGGGCUUCUGUGUCCACGUGAAGCACCCUCACAAGAUAAUCGUUAUGUACCUUCAGGUGUUAGAGUGUGAGCGUAAUCAACACCUGGUCCAGACGUCAUGGAAUUACAUGAAUGACAGCCUUCGCACCGACGUCUUUGUGAGGUUCCAGCCUGAGAGCAUUGCCUGUGCCUGCAUCUACCUGGCGGCACGCACCCUGGAGAUCCCUUUGCCCAAUCGUCCCCAUUGGUUUCUUCUGUUUGGAGCAACUGAAGAAGAAAUUCAGGAAAUCUGCAUAAAAAUUCUGCAGCUUUAUACUCGAAAAAAGGUUGAUCUGGCGCUCCUGGAAGGUGAAGUUGAGAAGAGAAAGCAUGCCAUCGAGGAGGCCAAGGCUCAAGCUAAGGGCCUGCUGCCUGCUGGCACACAGCUUCCAGACCACACAGCGGGCUUCUCCCCUGCCCCCAAGCUGGCGGAAUCACCCAAAGAGGGCAAAGGGAGCAAAGCAUCCCCGCUCUCGGCGAAGAGUACCAAGAGGAAAGCAGAGGGUGCCAAGAGAGCCAAGGGCGACAGCCCAGUGAAUGGCUUGCCCAAGGGCCGCGGGAGCCGGAGUCGCAGCCGGAGUCGCGAGCAGAGCUAUUCCAGGUCCCCGUCGCGAUCCGCUUCUCCAAAGAGGAGGAAAAGUGAGAGUGGCUCCACAUCUGGCGGAUCCAAGUCACAGAGCCGCUCACGGAGCCGCAGUGACUCCCCGCCAAGGCAGGCACACCGGGGUGCCCCCUACAAGGCCUCCAAAGUGCGGAGCUAUCGCAAGGCCAAGGACUGCAAGUGCCCCCCACAGAAGCCCCCCACCUCUCGGAGCCGGAGCUCCUCACGCUCCAGAAGCCACUCCAGGGAACGGCCUGACCAUCCGGGGAAGUACAAGAAGAAAAGUCAUUACUACAGAGAGCAGCGGCGGGAACGUGAGCGCUCCCGCUCCUACGAGCGGACGGGCCAUCGUUACGAGCGGGACCACCCUGGGCACAGCAGGCAUCGGAGGUGAGGGCAGAGCGCAAGGGGAAGGCAGCCCUUGGUGCGCACUCCAUCGGGACUGGCCUGCCCCCUCCACCCUUGGUGCACACUUCAUCGGGACUGGCCUGGCUUGCGGCCUGCUAUGACUCGUUCUGGCGAUGGUGGCCGGCCCUGGAUCUGACCUUGGGAUGAAUCCGGAAAUGGAAUUGAGAGGCUGGCCUGGGCCCAGGGCCUCCUCAGCUACAGCCCCACAGCGGACAGACCCAUGGUCCUGGCGGGGGCCUUGGUGCUAGCAACAGGCUGUCUCUCUGCUCCUGAACCCACACUCAAUUACGUUGAACCAAGAAAAUGACUUACCUUUGCCUAUAUUAGGUUGUACUUAUGUACAUAUUUUGCAGUGUUUCACAUGAGAAAAUGGCCUUAAUAGCCCCUUAUUCUCUAUUCACGUUGUAAAUAAACAUGUGUUUAAUACAAGUUAAAGCUAUAUAUGAAAACUCAGAACUUGAAUCUUGUCAGCUUAAAACUUGUGUAGAGAAUUCUGAUUUUUAAAAUGUGAAGGUAUUUAGAUCUGUGUUGAAAGUCGUCUAUUUUUAUCUGUGCGACGCUGAGUGCAGGCCACCAGCUCCUAAAUAGAGAAGUUUCCUAUAUAUGCAUUUUAUGUGGUUAAUAAACAAUCCUCUCUGCUCAGGA